AAUUUUAAAUGAAAAGUGAUGAAAAUUUGAUAUGAUAUUAAAAGGCUAUAAAGUUAAUACUGUGAAAGUUUUUGUAUGCCAUUUUUUGCGAAAAUCGAUUGUAUCGUUGAAAAAGCUUGCAAUGAAUCGUAAUAAAAAACAACGCUUUAUUCGUGUUAUUUUAAUAGCAAUUGUGAUAGUUUUUGAUACAUAUUGUACGUACAAUUUUUCUCUAUGUGCAGAUUUCAAAAGUGAACCAUCUCACAUUGAAGACAUAAUUAAAAAUAUCGAUCAUCACAAUACGCUGCAGCCGAUUCUGAAUGAAGAUCGCUUUGGGCCAUUACACAAUGAUUCGCCGGUCAUUGUUGUGCAAGUGCACAAACGAAUCGAACAUUUGAGAUAUUUGAUUGAUAGCUUGGCACGAGCUAAACACAUUUCCAACACACUUGUAAUAUUUUCACAUGAUUAUUAUGAUGAAAGUAUUAACGAACUUGUACGGCACAUAAAUUUCUGCAAAGUUUUACAGAUAUUUUAUCCAUUUUCGAUUCAAACGCAUGAGCACAAGUUUCCCGGAGACGACCCAAACGAUUGCCCCAGAACUAUCAAUCUACAAGAAGCAAUUCAGCGUAAAUGCAACAAUGCACGUUAUCCAGACACCUAUGGACACUAUCGUGAAGCCAAGUUCACUCAGUUGAAACAUCACUGGUGGUGGAAAAUGAAUCGUGUUUUUGAUCAGUUGAAUGUUACUCGACAUCACACAGGUCUUGUACUAUUCAUCGAAGAGGAUAACUAUGUGGCUGAGGAUUUUCUACACGUUUUAAUGUUAAUGGAGAAAAAAACGGAUGAAAUAUGUCCAAGAUGUAAUAUUUUAGCGCUGGCAAGAUAUGAGCCAUUUUCAGAAACUUACUUUAAUCUGGAACAUCUGGAUGAGGUAGGGAUCGCUUUAUGGAAUCAUUUUUGGGGAUUUGCAUUCAAGCGAAGUACUUGGCUUAGCAUUGCCAAAUACUCAUUGAUUUUUUGUACAUACGAUGAUUAUAAUUAUGAUUAUUCAAUUCGCUAUUUAUAUCAAACAUUUCUUCAAACCGAAAUUUACACAAUGGUAACAAAUCAGGCGCGCGUAUUUCACACUGGCAUAUGUGGCCUUCAUCAUGAACACAAAGAAUGUAAUCCGGAACAAAUUGUAGUAAAGUUACGAAAAGCACUUGACCAGAAGUCACAUCAACUUUAUCCAAAAAACUUGACAGUUCUAUUUAAUUAUGAUAAUUUAUUAAACCAAGAUGAACCUCUGACAGUAAACGGUGGAUGGGCCGACGUACGUGACCAUGGACUUUGUUUGGAUUUCAACAAGAGAAAUGACUAAAAAUACAUUUUUUUAUUAUUUAUUUGGAAUUGCCAAAAUAACAAUUGUUUAUAUUAAUCCA